AGGGCUCUGCCCAAGGGGGAGACUAUCAAGGACCGACGCCGCCCAAGUCCUUUUCUCCAGCGCGGCGACGCAAUGAAUUUCCUGCGCGGCGGCGCAAUGUUCGUCUCGUGCAGUGGCGCAAUGUAUCUCCUCCGCACGGCAGCGCGAUCGGACUUUCUCGCGUGGCGACGCAAUGAAGCCCGCGGUCUAAUGAUUUCCUUCGUGGAGAUGGGGUAUAACGAAGGACUGCAACAGCGCCCAAGUCGCAAUGUUAUCUCUCCUCGACCUCAAGUUGCCGCUGCUCACGUCAUCGCGUCAAGCCCAAGCCGUCGCUUCGGCUCGAGGAUAGAGGAAGGUAGGUACGUGUAUUAUCUUCUCCGCAGUUGUCGCUUCAAGUUGCGCGCUGACAUUUUCUUCAUAGAGAUAGAUCGACGCCUCCCAUCACCGCGCAACGGCUUCACAUCAUUCUCGGUAAACUUCCGCUCUGCGGCUCGUAAGCUGACAGCUCUAUUCCUAGACCAUCUACUGGGAGCUUGUUCUGGGGUGCGCCCUCACACAUGGACUAGAGCGUCGCCUCGGUGACCGAACCCCACUCACUUCGACGCCGGUGGUCAUUUUUUCCCUGCGCGAUCUGCUUCUACUUCGUCUCCAUCAUCUAACUCUCCAACAGAUCAACUAUCCAUGCGCCGAUAGCGCGUCUAAAGGGAAUUUUGUGAAUUAGCGAGUGAGCGGACCGGAUGGAGGAGGGAGCGGACUAGAAGGCUGGGUGUGCAUGAGGCUAGUGUCGACUGUAGUUCCUGUGCUGUGCGCUGUGUGCCGUGUGCCAAAGUCGAUGGGCUUAUCUAUGGGUGAACUUGGAAACGGAAGUGCGACGUGCCUGUUAAGUUGAACGUGGCGACCUGCAGGAGCGUAGACGGACUGCUCAGAGGCUAUUAUGAACCGAGCUCGGCAUUAUGUCA